AUGAAGAGCAAUUUCCGGUUUCCAGUGGAUUGGUACUUUCCUCCAAAGCCCAAAGAGACGAUAUCAAACACCCUGCAAAAGGAGUUGGUGCAGAAGGCAUUGGAUGAAAGUUUUGUAUCCAAUGACAUUUACAUUGAUUGUUCAACCAGCCGAGGGAGGAAAGUGCUUGCGCAUGGCUCUGUUCCGUGCGUGACGCCAACCCAUCCAUACUACAGCUUGAGGAUGGAAAGGUACUUGAACAAGCAAGAUCUCCUGAAUGCUCAAGGGUUGUGGAGUUCAGCCUUCUCUGAAACCGGUUACCAAAAACUCCUUGAAGACGGGCCUUUCGCUCAACAAAUGGCAGGGGAUUCCUUCAGCGCUACUGUGGCACAGUGUGUUUUCCUGAGUUCAUUGGUUUGUUGCAAAGGUGCAUGGAGCAGUUUGUGUGCUUCUAGCCCGCCAAAUGCAGAUUCAAAGCAAUGCGUGCUAAAGCGAAUAUUGAAGAAGCGCAAAGCUCCAGAAUAUGACCACCUGAACAUCCUCAAUGGCUACAAGAGGAAGCGUGGCUACAAGAGGAAGCGUACCUACCAGAGAAAAGUCGACGGAAAGCAUAUGCGUGGCUACUAUCGGUGCUGCAUUUGGAAGUGGAAGAAGCAGCGAAAGAUGGAGAACUGGAGCUUGGUAGCAGCGGCAAGCCCAAGGCUAGCUAAGAAACAUUCUGAGUUGCCGGACAUCCUGCGGAAGUUCAUGGGUUUGAAAUGCAAGUUCAAAAACAGGAAGCCAGCGCAUGCAAGCAGUGAGUGCCAGCAUACCAGUAUUUUGCCUCCAGCAUUGACUGAUGUAGUGGGGGCAAUGGUGGUUGAUCGUAUUGGCCUUGGAGAGGAAGUGGGCUAUGACUACGUUGCAGACACCUUAGGUGCAGCGAUUGAAGAGUGGAACCACUGCGUGGAGGGUCUGAAGAACAAGAUGCAGGACAAAGAGCUUGUUCUACAGCAGUUGGAUAAGCAUGCAGACGCUGGAUCACUGGAGGAAGCAAUGCACGAGAUAGAAAACAGGGCAGCGUCUCUUAUGCCUGUUCUGUUGAAGCCCACUGAUGCAAAUUUCCUGAAAGCUGCACAACGCCUGUGCCGGAAGUGCUCCAUCUUUCCUACAUUGAAUCAAAAGCCAGGCAAGCACUUGGAUGCAAGUCAUCCAGCAGUAUGCAAUGUCAAGGAGUGGGUUGCAUUCCAGAUCGCAAAAGGCCGCUACAACCCGAGGAUGGUUGGAAACUUCGACCAGGUAUGGUGCUUGAAUUACAGGCCCAAAAAGAGCAUCCUUUCCAAAUUCGAGGUUCGAGAUGAAUUAUCAAGGCAGCCCGCAAACCGGAAGUUGCGACAUCUAAUGGAAAGAGCCCUUCAGCGUCCGUUCACGGAAACUUUGGAGCAGAAAAGCCAUGCUGAGGAAAGGCUGACGAGGCUCCAAGGGGGCAGUGCCUCACACACACCACCGGACCUGUUCAGAGUACCUCACACGUUGACAACGUUAUCCUGGCGAGAUGGGUGUGUCGGCCGAGGAUUUAUCACCAUCAGAGAUGACGCUAUGUCAAACAAGUGCCGCGAACAGCUUAAUCAGGAGCUAUCGGAUUGGAUUUGGAUAGCUCCUUUCCAGAGCCGGAGUCACAUCUGGAGUUCGGAUACCUUUCUCGAGUACCUGGACUUUCUGGAAGGCGAGAUUCGAGCCAGGAGGAAAGAAUUGGCAUUAGACAUGAGCCAUUCCUGCCUGAUUCUCUGCGAUCAUGCAUCGCAGCACAGCGCCACCAAGUUUGAGAAGAUCAAAAGCAAGUGGUGUGAACGCAACAACGUCACCAUAAUCUGUGGGAACUCUGCUGAGUGCACCAUUCCGGGGGGCUGGGGGGCCGCCGGGGCCCCCAACGAUGGCUGGCAUCAGGGUUUGCAUUGUCUGCAAGGUGCAUAUGCCAGAGUAUCCAUGAGCUGGUCGAAGUCAUUUGAUCUUCGGAGGUCCUUGGAGCAGUUGUCCAUGUCUACGCAGGCCAGCACACAAACUAGGUGA